AUGCCCGGCUCCCAGAUCGUCAUCCACCGGGCUUGGAACAGCGCUGGAAAUGGAGCUCUGUUCUCCAAGAUAUGGGUAGACCGGCCUCUACAGCAAUGCGCCCGUAACGUCUCAUCCAUCCGAGCACUCUCGAGCAAAACACUUCCGCCCGUCCGACGCACGUAUCCAUCCUACGCUCCGCUCAUUGCAAGGCCAACAUCGAGGACACCGCAGACUUUCCAGGGGCAUUGGCUGGGGACGCCGCCACUGAGUAAGGUCUUCUCGGCUUCGAGAGCCCUAGCGGAAGCUCGGCAGGAGCAACAACUGCAGCAGCAGCCGCCACAGCAGGAGAAAAAAGAGACGGACGUUCUUCAACAGGCAGAAGCCGAAGGGGAUGAGCAAGCGUUCAAGAAGUCCGACAAGGCCAAGCAGGCUGGACAGGUCAACCUCAGCGCAAAGCUCAGCAAAGACGGGUCGCGCGGUGGGGACAAGCCCGGAGGCUGGCAGGAGGUAUGGCGGUUGAUCAAGAUCGCACGGCCGGAAGCCAAGACGCUGAGUAUAGCGUUGGUGUUCCUCCUGAUCUCGAGUGCGGUGUCUAUGUCGAUUCCGUUCUCGAUAGGCAGGAUACUGGACAUUGCCACUAAUCCGGAGAGCAAGACCAUGCUUUUUGGACUGGAUAUCAAGACGUUCUACCUGGCUUUGGGCGGCGUCCUUAUCCUGGGAGCGUCUGCAAACUACGGCAGGAUCGUCAUACUUCGCAUUGUCGGAGAAAGAAUAGUGACGCGCCUGCGGUCGAGGCUCUACAAAAGGACUUUCGUCCAGAAUGCGGAGUUCUUCGACGCCAACCGAGUGGGUGAUCUUAUCUCUCGCCUAGGGUCGGAUACGAUCAUCGUUGGCAAGAGCAUCACGCAGAACCUCUCUGACGGCAUGCGGUCCUUUGUCAGUGGAGCUGCUGGGCUGGGUUUAAUGGGCUACGUCAGCCUGAAACUCACUAGCAUCCUCGCAGUGAUGUUUCCUCCGGUUGCCAUUGGUGCGUUCUUCUACGGCAGAGCCAUCCGGAACCUGAGCAGGAAGAUCCAGAAGAACUUGGGCACCCUUACCAAGAUCGCAGAGGAGCGGCUAGGGAACGUUAGGACCAGCCAGGCGUUUGCUGGAGAGGUGCAGGAAGUAGCUCGCUACAAUCGCCAGGUCAAGAGGAUCUUCGAGUUGGGCAAGAGAGAAGCGUUCAUCAGCGCGACUUUCUUCGGUGCGUCCGGCCUCGCGGGGAACCUGACCAUACUGGCUAUACUGUAUGUCGGGGGUGGCAUGGUCAAGUCAGGGACCAUCACCGUCGGCGAACUGUCAUCCUUCUUGAUGUACACAGCCUAUGCCGGCUCGAGUCUUUUCGGCCUCUCUGGCUUCUACUCGGAGCUGAUGAAGGGCGUGGGAGCAGCGAGCCGCCUGUUCGAGCUACAGGACCGCGAGCCGACUAUAUCACCCACGAAAGGCAAAAAUGUCACCACCGCGCGCGGCCCGAUUGAAUUCAAGAACGUCUCCUUCAGCUACCCUACCCGACCUGCAGUCACCAUCUUCCAGGAUCUCACCUUCAGGAUCGAGCAGGGCACUAAUGUGGCGAUUGUCGCACCCAGCGGUGCGGGCAAGUCCACGGUUGCCAGCCUGCUCCUGCGCUUCUAUACUCCUAACAGUGGCACAAUUACCAUCAACGGCGAGGACAUCACGCAGAUGAACGCCAAACGCCUACGGCGCAAGAUCGGUUAUGUAGGCCAGGAGCCCGUACUGUUUUCCGGCACCAUCGCAGAGAACAUCGCGUACGGGCGCCCCUUGGCGACCAGGGCAGAAAUCGUGCAAGCAGCCAGAAAGGCCAACUGCCAGUUCAUCAGCGACUUCCCCGACGGCCUCGAAACCCACGUCGGCGCCCGCGGCACCCAGCUCUCCGGCGGCCAAAAACAACGCAUAGCCAUCGCACGCGCGCUCCUCAAGAACCCGGACAUCCUGAUCCUGGACGAAGCGACCUCGGCGCUCGAUGCCGAGUCCGAGACGCUCGUGAACCAGGCCUUAGCCUCGCUGCUGCGCGGCAACAACACCACCAUCAGCAUCGCGCACCGCCUCUCCACCAUCAAGCGCUCCGACCGCAUCAUCGUGAUUGGCGGCGACGGACGGGUUACGGAGGAGGGGAGUUAUAGGGAGUUGAGUCGGAGGAAGGAUGGCGCGUUUGCGAAACUCAUGGAGUGGCAGCUUAGUGCUAGCGAGACGGCUGGGAGUCGGCCGACUGCGAGGGGGCCGGAGCCGACGGAGACGGAGGAGAUUGAGGCGGAGUUGGAGCAGGGGAAGGAGGGGGAGGGGGAGGAGGCGGUCGAGGAGGAGGGGACGAGGGUUAGGAAGGGGGAGGUUAGUAAGACGGAGGCGGUGGUUGAGAGGGUGGGGACGGGGGAUCGGUGA